UCUUACAGUGAGGCUUUUGACUUUCUUGUCAAAAUCUUAAAUAUAAUAUUUAUUAAGAGCCUCUUUGAUUAAUAUUUGGCAUUUCUGUUAUGUUGAUGCAUUUCUUGGCACGUUAUGUUUUGUCCCCUUUGACUCGAAGCUCCCUUUAAAUGGGGCCUUUUCCUAUUAUUAAUUUUCUUGCCAUAUUAUUACAUGAAAUUUUCCAUGUAAGAUUUCUGUUGUGAUAGUUUGAACGAGUUGCUACUGUUCCCAUGGCAACAGAAAGCGCGCAAACAGAAGCGUUGAGAUUUAUUCCAGAAGAUGGGUUUGAAGCCUUACAGUGCAGUCGGUGAUAUCCCAAACUGACUUUAACCAUGUUAUCACCCAAGAAAGAACCUCAAGGAAAUGGCUUCUCAGAAGCCACCAACACCCAAAGCAAGAGAAGAAACAAGCUUUACUGCUCAGAUUGCAGUCUUGAACAUGAAGCUUCUCAGCCUCGACUGCUAUUUCGUAAAUCUCACACUGCGACACCAGCAUUUAAGUGUGAACCCUCACCUUUUCGUGCCCUCAGCCCUCCAUCGUCUCCACCACAAUAUGAUAUGUCUUUUCUUAAACUACCUCAGUUGGUAUCAUUGCAGGUGAGCACUAAACUACCAGUCAGAGAGACAUUGUGGAAUGAAGGAGCAAGUUUUGUGACGCAUAUCAGAGCGAUUAAGCCCUCAAGUGUCGGAAAAUUCAAUGUUGAACAUGAGAAGCCUGCAGUCCCAAAGGAAAAGACUAAAACCAAGCAAAAAAGAAAACCCAAAUUCAAACCACUCGCUGGAACAGAGGUAGUUGAGAUGUUAGCCGGGAAAAAACAUCUGGGGGAACAUGAGUUUUAUUAUUUGAAGACCUCUGAAGAUGGUCCUUACAGACCAUAUGAUUUGAGAGUUGUCUCGAGCAGUGAAGCGGGCACAGAUUACUACACCAACACCUUCACAACCAUAACACAUGUGCAGAAUGGCUGCUGCAUUGAACUCUGGAGCCUGGAAGAGUGGGAACAAGAGUCUGUGCUUUGGGGAGCUCUGAGAAACAUCCCAUUUUUCAGAGACUAUUUACUGCGCAAGACCUUCAAAAGGUGGCACGGGAAUGUACACAAGGCUACUGUCAAACGCAGGAUUGAAUUCCUUCCAUCUCAGCUGCUGAUAGCAGUGCCCCAAUUCAGGGAUGCCUUAUUACAUCUCGCCAGAUUAAUUGAGGAGAUAAAGCAAGUCAGCUGGCUGCCACAUGAUGAUUUCAGGACUUAUACACUGUUAGAUUUCCAAACUGCACUCAUGGAAAAGAAUCAGGCAGCUCAAGUUUCUUUAUAUAGUUUCCUACAUUGUCGCUUCACGAUACUUAGUAAGGUGAAGGACAAUAGUUACCAAGCACAUCAGGAGCUCCAAAUGAAAGUGGAGAACUCAAAGCUCUACCAGAGCAGUCAAUCCCUACACCUUCAGCUUGCCUACCACAGAAACCUACAGAAAGAGCUCAGUCAGGCAGAGCAAGCCAUACAGUGGCUGGGAAACCUCGCUGCUCUAGCUGACCGCAUGACUGUUCAAAACCUUGUCACCAUCUCAAAGCGGGAGAUCACUACAUUCCUAAACAAUGUUUUAAAAAGAGAACGGGAGCAACAGGGUGGUCUCUUCCAGACAGAGAUUAUCCUUGGAGCAGAUUGUCAGCUUACUGUUUUUCCUCCAUUGCAGUUGUUUCAAGAGGUUUUACUUGGAGCGUUGUUAUCAGUAGCAGAUUCUGUCCUGCAGGUGCUUGACUCCUGCAGUUUGUCUUGUGACUCUAAAAGCUGUUUGUCCACCAGUUGUGUUGAAGACCUCACUGGAGCCAAAGGUUGUGAAGUAACAGGUCCUGGCAAUGUUUCCUCACAAAAGGAGCAUGAUAUGUCACCCAAAACCCUAGUGCCAGUCAAAAUGAACUCUCUCAGAGUUCAGGGACAAAGAGUGCGAAGCCAUUAUCAGUCUCUGCCCCAGAGACUGCUGGAGUGGAACUUGAAAGUUCAUGUCGGAACACAAGAGAUUCAGAAUGAGCAGGACAAGAUUACACAGGUCGCCAUUACAGAGGUACACCAGUUGUGUGAGAGCCACUCUUGGUUGGCAGAUGUUCAUCUGUUCACCGGUCAGUGGAGUUCAGCCUCGCUAGAGACCUUGCGUGGAUCUUCCCCCCUGAAAUAUGAGGAGCUGAUCAAGAAACUUCAUUCUUGGAUGGACAGAGUUCACAGCUUGCUUCCAUCCUUCACCACAUCAAAUAAGUUGUUCACUGUAGUGAUGUCCAACAUCCAAAAGGAUAUAGGCUCCAUUUUAGGCACCAUUGACAAGGAUGUGCUGAAGCUACUCUGUGAAGAUUCGCAGACACGCUCUGAAAACCUCAUUUCUGAGCUGAAAAGAGCCGUGGAAGUCAUGAAGUCUGAGCCAAAUACCUUUCACCACUUCACAGUUUUUUCAGACAUGGUAAAGCGCAGUGAGAGAAUGUCAGGUGAUAUGCAGAAAAGGCUGGAAGACCUCCACUCUCUACAGGAGACCGUGAGAAGGAAUUAUACUCACAUGGAUCCAAACAACAUUCUCUCAUUGAAGCAGGUAGUUGACUUGUGGAAUCAGUUUGUUCAGCUCCUGAAACCAGCUGCAGACAUAGUUACCCAGAAGCUUCAUUCUAUGCUUGAUACAUUGGACAAGAACGUUUCUUCAUUAGUGAACGAAUUAGACAACUUGGUUGCACAAGCCGCUUCUGGACUCUAUCUUGACCCUGACCAGAAUCCCAAGGAAAUGCUUGUCCAGCUGACAGCAUUGUGUAGUGAAUUCUAUGUGAUUGCUGAUCAGCUGAAUGAUCAGAGCAGAGCCAGUGAAAUUCUGAGAGGUCACCUACUGGAUCUCACUUUUGUGACAGUAGCACAGCAGAAUAUGGAAGCAAGAAAAGGACUCUGGGAGCUGAUGAGUGUGUUGUCCACACAAAUCCAAGAGUGGAAGCUACUAACCUUCAAGAAUUUUGUGGUGGCUAAAGCCCAAGACAAGGUUAACGAAUGGCUACAACAGGCAGAAGCAUCUGCAAAAGUUAUACCCUCUCAUGAUACUUUGCUGCAUAAAACCCUACAGAUUUUGCAGGGGUUCAACCAGCUACUCACUUUUUUAAGUAAGCUGAGCAGCCCCACACUGAAGCACAAGCACUGGAGAAGCAUCUUAAAGGGAAUUGGCCUGCUUAAUUACUCAGAAUGGAAAUUAACGCUGGCUGAUCUCAUGUCCAAAGAGCUACAAAAACAUCAAAAUAAAAUCAAUAAGAUCUAUCUAGAUGCCAAAGCUGAGGCAGACAUGGAACAGACAUUCAGAGCACUCCAGAGGGAUUGGGAACGUGCAGAAUUCCAUCAUAAAAGGUUUAUUAUUGCUGUCCAGAAACAGCAAGAUGAAGUAAAAGAAAAAAAAAAAAUUAUUUCCUGUUCCUCACCUCAAAAUGCACCAAAACAUCACAUUAUUGAUGGCAAAACCUACACGAUCAUUGGAUUGGAGGCACUUUUGGCUCAGACUAAGGAAAGUGUUCUGACCUUUUCUCAUAUGCUGCGUUCUCCUCAUGUUGCUGAGUUUCAGCAAGAGGUUGAACACUGGCUUCUGCAUUUACAAGAGCUAGAUGAAUUGCUUUAUAUAUUUGAACGAUAUCAGCAAAAAUGGAUCUUUUUAAGCAGAACAUUUAAUGACACAGUGCACACUCAAAAGUCUGAGUUGCAAGAGAAGUUUCACCCGGUGGAUAAGAUGUUUCGUGAUAUCAUUCAGAUCACUGUUAAUGACCCAUAUGUAUCCAGUUUUGUUCGACUGGGUACAACAACAGAGGGCAGUGACAGUUUACAAGGACAGAGUCUACGUGCUGUCCUUAUGAAUGGACUUACAGCAAUGGAGGAGAUUUCUAAACACUUGCUCUACAUCUUGGAGUCACCACGAAGCCAGCUGCCCAGACUCUACUUUCUCAGUGAUGGAGAGGUGAUGAAACUUCUCUCUUUACAGCUCCCAGCACCUUCCUCCCUUUUACCACUGGUGCAGAAAUGCUUCAAGGGAGUGAAGCAACUUGAUGUUCAAGUUGAAGGUGAUGUUUGUUGUGCAUAUGAUUUGACAGCUCUGAGUAAUGAGCGAAUGUGCGUACACGGUGUAUAUGGAGAAUUUGGUGAACAUGUUCCUUUCAUCUGUCCUCUUGAGUCAAACCUCAGUCCCGUGGCUUGGCUUAGUCUUUUUGAGCAAAAGUUAAAUCAAGCAGUGAAACAGGCAUUUCUGAAAUGCUUAGCUGUCCAGCAAAAAUCAAACAUCGAAAUGCAACCCAGCACCCCAGACCUGAUUGGGAAUGGCAAGGAGAACAAUUCAGAAGUAGCUCAUGAACCUCCCUCACUUUUGUAUCUAAUAUCUCAGUUUCCUUUACAAUGCCUUUUGGUGGCAGAGGAGGUGUUGUGGUGUAGUAUGAUCCGGACAUCAUCACAUUGUUCUACUACUGGCUUGUGGACGAGAAUCAAGUCCCAAAAUGCAGCAAAACUGCACUAUCUGUGCCAGCUUUUAAAAGAACACUCAAAUGAAGAACCACCCCAAAUCUUGACAGCUCUGCGUGCCUUGGUUAUUCUUACCAUGAAACACUCUGGCCAAACAGAUGGGCUUGCUGAAGUAAAAGGAGACUUGGAGUCCUCUUUUGAAUGGCAUAAGCUUAUGAAAUAUUACCUUAUCCCCAAUGAUAAUGGACCUUCUUCUGAUUUACUUCCUUCUCAACAGAAUCAGACUGUCUGUGUUGAUAUUCUGUGCACACAAUUGCCAUAUGGCUAUGAAUACAUUGGACCUGAUAACUGGACGAUGGUGACUACUCCUUCAACUGAACAAGCUUACAUGGGCAUAAUUCUUGCCUUAUCAAGCUUCAAGUGUGCUUUCAUUAGUGGACCCCACAUGUCAGGCAAGCAGCAUGCCGCUGUGCAGUUGGGUUAUGCAUUGGGACGACAAGUGGUCAUCUUGAAGUGUUGUUCAAGCACUGGUUCUUCAGUCGUUUCCCAAAUGAUUCUAGGUGCUCUUCAAACUGGGGCUUGGCUUGUGCUUGAUUCAGUGGAUUUGUUGGAACAAGGGACAUUGUCUGAGUUGGGACAACAUUUGACUGAAAUUCAUCAACAUUUAGCAGCAGUUCAAAGACAAGAACAAGCGGAGGCACAUGAGUUGACAUCCUCAUUUGGGAAGUGUAGCAGUGGAGAAUUCAUCAAAAACGAUAACAGGACAAUGAAUGAGGUGCUAUGUCACAUUGCUGGGAAAAAUAUUUGGGCCAAGCUAAGCUAUGGAUGCGUCACAAUCUCAGAUAACGGCUACUCAACCGAGAUACCAGAAAAUCUUAGAAUUGCAAUGAGGCCUGUUGCAUUUAUGCAGCCACACUAUAGAAUCAUUGCAGAGGUGAUGCUGAUGUCAUUCGGAUUCUCUGAAGCAGCUACCAUAAGUCGCCGCCUGGUCUCUCUCUUUAGCCUUGCUAAGGAUUCAUAUUGCCUCCCUGAUUUUGUCAGUGGUCAUCAGACCUCAUGGCUUGUCCUUCUCAGAAAUGUGAUUGCUCUUUCUGUAGCACAUUUACAUCUCUCUUGUCAUUUGAAAGAAACUGAUAAAGAUACAUUUUCUUGUCAGAAUGAGACAGGAUCUGCUUGUACAAGACUUGAAACAAUCCCAGCGAAGGUCGAAGAACAUUAUUCAUCACAUUUAAAGUUUAUCAAUAAGUCUAAUGCGACUGCAGACUUAGAAGAGCAAGCAGCAAUUAAAGGAGUUCUGUCAGUCAUGCAGUAUACUGUCUCGGAUCCAAAGAGAGCAUCACAGUUUUGUAAAAUAUGUGAGGAAAUCUUUCCGAAAGCGAGGUACUUUUCAAGUCCACAACUGUUCAUUGAUGAAGGGGAAAAAAAGAUUGUUAGAUCUUUAGUCAUAGAUGAAUUGCAGCAACAGGGACUUUAUGCAGACAUGCAAAUACCUCACAACGUGUUGAUCUUGCAUCAAGCUUUGAAGCUCUCCAAUGUUGUGGUGCUUGUUGGACCAGCAGGUAGCGGAAAAACAACUUUGUACGAAGCCCUUGCAAGUGCACUUCAGAAACUGUCCAGGACUCGGGAGAUUGAUUCUAAAGGGGAUUUUAAAGACAUUUAUCAUUAUUUCCCUAAGCCAUGUUGGACUUCUGUGAGCACAGAAGUUAUAUUUCCUAAUACCUUGUCCCACAAACAGUUUUUUGGCGGAUAUUUUGGUCAGGACAACUCCUGGAUUGAUGGAGCUUUCACCAGAGCAUUAAGACACUCAGAACAGCCUCUGCCCAUUGCUCCUUCCAAGAGCGAGGAAACUGUUCAAAAACAGCAAGAAAAAUGGAUUGUUCUGGAUGGAGAUCCACUUGGCAGACCUGGUUGGUUGGACUCUUUGACUACUCUUUGUGAUCUUGAACAUCCCCAUCUCUACCUUUCAUCAGGAGAGAAAAUUGAGCCAUCAAGACUGAAAAUACUAGCUGAGAUCACAAACCUUGGUAAUUCAACCCCCUCUGUAGUGACACACUGCAGUCUGGUAUAUGUUUCUGGAGAGAAUCUGUGGAGAUCUGUGUGGAAGAGUGAAAUGAAUGUGCUGUCGACUGAGCAUAAUGUAGACCAGAUUACUCUGGAAAUGUGGAGUCACCUUUCUGAAGACCUUUUCCCUGACACACUAGUAUUUCUCAAAAACAAAGCACUUUCUUCAGUGAUGGCUAGUGAUCGAUGUGAAGGCAGACGAUCAUCUAGGAUUACAGAUGGUUUGCAGGAAAUAAUGUCCUUCAUUAAGAUUCUUCACACCCUUUUGGAGCAUUCUGGGAAGGGAGAAGGCUUGAAAAACACAUCAAGGAAAACUGAAACAACAAAUGCACAAGUUUUCCAGCCACCCUGCACUGAUGCCACAGCUUCCUCUGCUCAAUGGGGGUUACAAGCAAGAAACAUCUUUAUUGUAGCUUAUGUUUGGGGGUUUGGAGGACAUUUGCACCCUAGACACUGGCCACAUUUUGAUCUUUUUGUACGGGAGGCCCUGUAUAUGAGCCAUUGUAAAGUGGAGACUCCACCAGAAGGCACCGUAUUUGAGCAUUUCUUUGAAUUCAGUGAGGAAAUGAGAGAGACAACCAAUUUCAUCAACUGCAGCAUGCGUAAGAGUCCACAGCUCUUCUUCACAUCUGUGCCUCAGUAUGAAAAACAUGCAUAUCUCCUGGAUAUGCUCCUGGAUGUUCAUGAGCCAGUCCUUAUUGUGGGAGAGUCUGGCUCUGGCAAAACAAUGCUGUGCAAGUCUGUAAUGUCAAAUGCAAGACCACACAUGCAUUUAGCAGCAAGUCUAGGCCUUCACCCUUCUGAACUGUGCAAGGUACUCAAGAGAGUUAGAUACCAGAGGACUCAAGUGAGGAGCAUAGAGGUCUUAAAGCAGCCAAACAUUCUUUUGUUCAUUGAUGACCUUCAUGAAGCACCAUUUGAUGUUGAUGAAAAAACAUCAGUGACUCUAGAGACACUGCGUCAGUGUAUUUCUAGAGGUGAACAGCUGAUAUCAGACAGCUCUCAUUUCAAGCUGUUUCAGUCAAGAGAUGUUAAUUAUCUAGGCUCUUACAGUGCUCCUAAUGCAGUCAACAGCAAUCAGAUCUCUCCACGUCUCUCUCGACUCUUCACCGUCUUGGCUCUCCCAAGCAUGACUUCUGAAAUCCUGUUUUCUAUCCAUUCCACGAAAUUGCAAGCAUGGCUGAAAGAAAUACAACCCAUACAGAGGGUUGCAGAUAUAACAAACUGCAUCCUAACCUCGACUCUUGACAUGUAUUUUGCUGUGCGUGAAUGUUUUACUUCUGCCCUACACAGUCCAAUCUUCAUCUUUUCUUUGCAUGAUGUUCACAAAGUGUUUCAAGGGAUGUACCUCUGGAGGCCAAGGCUUAAUGUCCAGCAAGCUCUUCAUAGGAGUCUGGGUUGUAGGAGUUUCUCUUCAUCUGUUCUUGGUCAUCCAGCUCAUGACCUCAAUAUCACCUGCCUGUGGAUGCAUGAGUGUUUGCACACUUUUGGUGAUAGGCUAGCUUCAGAGGAGGCAUGCCGAAAACUUAUCUCAAUUAUAGCUGAAGUUUCUGAGAAGAAUUUUGGCACUAGGUUAUCAAAUGAAUCCCAAACAUCUACAGAAGGUAUAUCAAGCCCUUCAGAUCAACCAUCAAGAGCAGAUAAUGUAAACCAACACUUGGGUUCAACCCCUUCCCAAUUAGAAAACAAUGUGAUCCCCGUGCUUGGAAUGACAGAAGUUCAGACAGAGAGGGAAGAGAGCUAUGCAGUAGAGAACGACUCCAGGUUGUAUAACCCAGGAAGUGAUGUAGAUGGAUUCUCAUAUAGUAAAGAUGAUGGAAAUGUGAAGAGUGAACCAGGAACAUCAGAGUGUAUAUCUGAAUCUGCUACUGAAUUCUCAAGUUGUUCAUUUCAAAAGCCGUUUUCUCAUUUUGGUGAAAACAAACAUGACUACAUUAAUCAAAAACCAGCAUCACACGAAAAGUUGACCACACAACAUAUACUUUUAUCGACAACCACAGCAAAAACGUUCAUUCAGCUUCUACAGGAAGCAGCUUCUUCUGUCAAGAACAUGGUCUUCAGUCCAGAAUUUUGUAAACCAUUGAACAACAUUCUUCAGCAUCAUAAUUUUGAACACAACUGUGUGUAUCAAGAAAGAGACAUAGAUAUUUUAGUAGACCAACUAUUUAAUACUCUUAAAUGCAGAGAGGAAAAUAAAGAGAAGUCUGAUGACGCUUACUAUAAUCCUACAUGGGUUGUGCAUCACCAUAACGUACAUCAACUUGUGCACAUCAUCCGUGCAUUUCUCAUUCCUGGUGGACACGGGGCUCUGUUAGGAGCAGCAAAGAAAACGGGCAGAAAGUCCAUUGUACGCCUAGCAGCUACUCUGUUGGGAUGCCAACUAAUUGAGGUUCAUCCUGGAAAUGAAGCCAAGUUGUGGGAAAUGAUGAAAGGGGUUUGUAGCCGAAUUGGGGUGGGUGGACAUUUGGUUCUACUGGUUCACGAAGAUACUAGCCAGGCUCUUAAGGAUGAGUUGCUGGUAAUGAUGGCAAAUGGAAGCUUCCCUAUACUGUAUUCAGAUGAGGAACUGAAGAAUUUGACGAAGGAUACCAAAGCUCUUGAAAUGUAUUUCAAAAACAUCCAAAAAAAUAUUCAUGUAUUCCUUCUUUAUCCUCUCCUCUGGGAUAAUUCUGAAAGGCAAACGGUAAAAUCUUCAGUUUUGGAUAUGCAUAUCACUAAGGCUUUGAGUCUCUGCUGUUGUGUAGAAGUGUACCAACCUUGGACCUCUGAAGCUUUAGCUGAAAGUGCCUUAUAUCAUUUAAAAGCCAAUCAGCAGAUACCCGAGACAAAUAGAACAGUUGCCAAGGAUAGCUUAAUAGCUAGUAUUUCUGAGGCGAUGGCAAGAAUACAUUUAUCGGCUACAAAAUAUGCUUUCACAUUGCUUCAUUUUCAACCGUUUGGCCCUCGGGCCUACGUAGAGCUGAUGGUCCAGUUCUUCUUCCUCUGCCACCACCUCUUUGAGCAAAGCAGAGUUCAGAAUAACCGGUUGGCAACGGUUCUAGCACAUGUGAAGGACGUGACCAACACAGCUGCAAGGCACACUCAGAAAGUUCUGAGCUUUAGGGCCAAAUGUGAGGAAAAACAGAAGUGUCUGGACCAGCUGCAGGAAUCGGUGGAUGUGGCAUACAAAAUUUGGGAACAAACCCACCACCAAAGUUUACUGGAAGAAGAAUGGCUUUCCAAUCUAGAGGAUCACUCACACCGAGUUCAGCAACAAGUUGAAGAGGGCUCCAAACAGGUAAGUCCGCUGCACCGAGCAGCUGUGCAGGCUUUGAGCCAGUCUGAUUUGGAUGAGAUGCGGCACUACAGGAUGCCACCUGAUGGAGUUGUCAUGGUCAUGGAUCUUAUAUGCAUGUUAUUCAACCAUCCAUGUGGGUGGGAGAGUAGCAAACAACUUUUGAUGCAAUCCAGCUUCUUUCAGGAUCUGGAAUUUUUCGACUGCUCUAAAUUAACCGAUGAAAUGAUUCAUAAGUUGGGUCAGAUCAUACAGACACCAAGCUUUCAGCCAAGCUCUGUGCGAGAUGCGAGCCGGGCUUGUGAGUCUUUGUGUCGCUGGGUGAGAGCGGUACACCAGUGUGCUUGCAUACAGCGCCGCAUGGCACCUCAAAAUGCUAAAAAGUACAGUUUAGAUGAGCUCAUGGCUGAGAGUCGAGCAAGGUUGAGAGUUGCGAGGCUGCAGGAGGAAUCAGAGCGGGAAAGAUUAGAAGAAUUGGAGAUGAGGCUGGAGCUUAACAGACAAGACAUGGUGCUGCUGAAGGCACAGCUUAGUACCUCAGAAGCUCAAGAAAGGGAGUCAUGUGCGGCUCUCAAACUGGUUGAAUGUCACAUUAAAGAUUGGACGUCAGCAGGAAAGGAAGCAGAGUUGGCUAAUUGCAGCAUUCCAGGUGAUGCCCUGCUUUUAGCGGCUGCCGUUACAUACUUGGGUCCGUUCGGGCCUGAUGUUCGACAGGAGCUGCUCCAAAAGUGGCACAAACUUUGUCUGACUGGUGAAAUGAAUACAGAACCGGAGGACCCACGUGCAACAAUUUUCAAUGAUGCUCCACUCACUUGUGACCGCUGUGUGGCUAUUCCCAUCAGUAAGACAUUUCAGCUUGCUUUAAAUCGAAUACUUGGGCUAGAUCUGCAUCAGGUCCAUGGAGAUUUCGCUGAUCUGGUCCGAAGAGUUCUUCUCUGGGGGCACAGAUUUGCUUGGUCUCAGCGCUGCCCUCUACUGGCAGGUCAUCAUAAAGAUGAGGAACCCAGCUCUCAGACAUUGUUUCCUGCUGGUCAGUUUACAAGAUGUGAAGAAAAAGCCCAUGAGGAGGAUAAAUAUGGACUUAAAGUUACUGCUGAUGAUCCACAGUUACUUGAUAAACUAAAUCAUGGAGCAAAAGAAGGUCUAAGAGUAUUGGUGAUGCAUAUUGAACGAGCAACAUCAAACCUACAAAUCCUUCAGACGUUUGUUACACCAGGAAGUUCCCCUGAUCAGAGCCGCCUGGUUAAACCUGCUCAUCCGGACUUUCGCCUCAUUAUGAGUACUUCCCUUCCGGUCAAAACGCUGAUACAUGAAAUUCACACUUCAUUCCUGGAGGAGGUUCAAAUGAUUGAUCUUUCUCCAAGCACAUCUGAAGUUCAAGACCUUUUUUUGACAGAACUGAUGCAGACUGAGUGUUCAGCUCUGUGGACUCUAAAUCGCCAAAUUCAGACAAAAAAACAGACACUUCAGUAUAAACUUUUUCAAAACGAGGUUUCCUUGAUGGACUAUGUCAUACAUGCAUCCACAGCACUUCUCCAGGACCCUGAGUUCCUGCCACACGUGUGUACAUGUCAGAGUGUCUCUCUUGAACUUGAGACUGAAAUCAAGGAUCUAGCCCAAGAGAUAGAUCAGCACAAAGCCCUGAUGGCUGAUUUUUAUCGAAUAGCAGAGCUCACCACAGCCCUUUACAACGCUCUGCAGGACAUAGCCCGACUUUCCCCAUGUUAUCGUUUCACUCUUCACGGUUUCCUGCUCACUUUACGGUCAGCUUUAGCCCUGCAGAGCCCAGACAUGAGCUUUCAUAGAGAAAUGGAGCCUACAGAGAUUACCUACAGGAUUGUGUCUCAUGUCUUUUCUCAGUAUAAACCUCGCUUGUUCAAGAGCCAUUCGGCUUUAUUCAGAUUAUUGGUAUCUGUUGCUGUUAUUGUGCACAAUGAGGGAUGCCCUGAGGUAGAACGAGUUACUUUCCUCAGAGGAUUAAGCAACUUGAAGUCUUCAGAGCAUUUUUUAUCUCCAUCCACACAGUCUGUCCCCAAGCUGCCAAGUUGGAUUCAAACUUACUCUCGAGAUGAUAUUUAUCUAUUAGAGAGGAUUGAACCCUUCUGGGGCCUUGUAUCAUCUCUGGUGAAUUCGUCCAAGCUAUGGCGGGAAUAUCUACGCUUUCCUUCGUCCACAGUGAUUGGACCGGUCCCUUGUCAAUCUCACUCUCAUUUGUCCACAAUGCAGCGGGCUGUUCUCUGGAAGACGCUGUGUCCUCAUUGGCUAGCAGCGGUGGAAGAGGAUCUUACAGCCUGCGCACAGGGACAUUUGCUGCAUUCAUAUCCUGGAGACCCUCUUAUGAGCUCUGCAGAAAUAAUCUCCAGCCUUUUGUCCAAAAAUCAAGGUCCUGUUGUUGUAUGUUUACCAGAGAAAAAUGAAGAAGUGCCAGUAAGCAUUCACCCUCUCCACUUGAUUAAACAAGUUGCACAGUGCCAAGCGGACAGCAAAGGGGUGAAGCUGAGUGUUAUUUCUUUCGGAUCUGGUUGUCAUCAAGAUGCUGUUCUCUCGGCAUUAGACAGCGCUGUCCAGAAUGGCCACUGGUUAGUCCUGAACAACUGUCAUCUGCUGGACUGCUGGGAUGUCAGCGUUGUGAACAAGUUAACACAAGUAGUGUACAGCACUACAAAAGAUUUGGAGACAGAUGGCCAGCUUCUAAAUACUGGAAGUACAGGAAGAUUUGUGCAUCCCCUGUUUAGACUGUGGCUCAUAACCAAAGGUGACAGACUUCACUCUGUCCCAGUGGCUGUUAGGAUUGGAGCCCUGCACUUGGUGUGUGAUUCCUCCUGGGACCUAAGGGAUGAAUUGUGGUCCUCAGUAAAACAGACACUCCCCUUCUCCUCUCAUGAAUACACUGUGAACACUCACUGUGCCGUCCUGCACUCUGUCCUGCUGCAGAGACAAACAUUCAAACACCUGUGCCAAGGGCGGCUUUACCAUUGGACUCAGGAAGAUCUACUUGCUCUGAUUGAUGCACAUGACCGCAUAACCAAACACUGUAGUGACCCCACUGGAGCAUUGGAGUACAUAGCAGGUCACCUGGUUUAUGGGAGCCACGUGUCAGACCAUGCUGAUCUAGCAGCUGUGCAGAGUUUGAUCAGGGCUUCUCUAAGAGAUCCAUCUACAUUAUGGGGGCGUGGCCAACACAUUCUCUCAGAUAUCAUUAACUUUACAGGAAGAUUUGAAGCUGGGGGCCAGUUGAAAGACUUGAGAUGUCGUAUUCAGUGCAUUACUUGCAGUACAGACCCAUUCAUUCUGGGCUUUAGUCCAGGUAUGGCAAGUGAACUGGUGAAACUAAAAAGUCAUACACUCAACAUUCUUCUGCAUCAAUCACAGAAUAUCUUUUCUGAUGUCAGAGGAGACACCAGUCUUUUCAUGCAAGCUCAAGAAUGUCCAGACUAUAGGACGGCUUGGGAAAGGCUGCUAGCUUUACAAGACAAGUUGAGGAAAAUGGACAUUGGCAUGGGAAUGGAAUCUGCUUCUCUUGGUCCGUUGCAUGGUUUCUUCCAGGCAGAGCGGGAGUGUCUGGAUGCGCUGGUGUCUUCUCUCCUUUUAGACAGUUUUCAGCCAGUUAAAUAUAACAUGACAAGCUCCACUGCUGCGUAUCUAACAUCAUCAGCUCUCUCACGUCUGGAGACUCAAGCAGACCAGCUCAGGUCAUACCUGUGGGAGGAGUCGUCCAGUAUUACACCUCGUGUUUAUCGACUGGCUGCCUUUCUCAAUCCCAGAGGCUUUCUGGCAGCGUUGAUCAGACAUGCAGCCCACAUCCAACACAAGGAUAUCAGUCUUUAUGGAUUGAAUUUCAAGGUGCUUCAUGAUACGGUAUCAGCCACUUCUCCACCCAAAAGUGGUGUUUGUCUGUCUGGACUGGAGCUGCAGGGGGCGCUGUGGGAUCCAGGAUCUGGAGUUCUUAAAGACGAUGAGUCCCCCAAACCUUCCCCUUUUCCACCCCUCUGGGUCAGUGCUGAAGAGAAUAGAGGUGACAGGAUCUGUUCCUCUGAAAGCUCGCACUGUAAUUCCUCAUCCCAGCUUCUGUACUACUGCCCCCUGUAUGUAGACAAUCACACUGCAGAUGGAGGUCAGGAUCUGUCCGAUAACAAUAUUAUCAUCCAUGUUCCACUUGCAUCAAGGUUAGAUCCAAUGCUCUGCGCUAUGAGGCGUAUUAGGUUAACUAGUACUCUCUUACAAUAAACCCUUUGAGGAGAACAUCUGCUUAUAUUAUAGCAUUAUUACAAAAUAUUUAUGUUGCAGAUUUAUCUUUCUAUAGAGAAAACUGGGAAAUAUUGUUCAGAUUAUCAUACAUUUUUGUGGCAUUACAGUACUUCUACACUUUGACCCUUUUUUCUAAUUUUUAGCUUUUUAGCAUGUGAAAUUAACCAAAAAAAAAUAAAGCAAUUUUUAAAACACCCCAUGAGAAAUUAACAAUAAAAAAAAUUUAAAAAAAUGUGUUGGCUUAAACUAAGGUUGCUGACUUUUGGAUAUGUACGUAGAGUUUAGUUCAAGAUUUUGACAUUUGUUUUCAUAACAGCCUCUGGAUCAGCUUCCUCCUACCUCAACACCUUACAGAUCUGUGUGGGUGAAGCUCACGAAGCCUGUCAAAAACAUGUCUUUGUGAUGUUUCACCCCACAAUCAAUAGACAACAGUAAGAAGUGAUGUUUUACGGCUGCUGCAGUAUAUCUCUCAUAACUCAUUUAUGCUUGUACACAUUCAAACCUGGUCAGAUGCCUUUGGCUAUUGCGGGUCUUGUGUCCAGGUGGGAUUUUUGAAUGUUAUUUGAUAAUGUCAGCUAAUAACAACUGGAAAUGUUUUGUGACGCUUCAUCCACACCACCAGGUGUCAGUAUAAGUCUAAGAUGACCAUAUUGGCCAUUGCAGCAUAAAUAUUACUGAGUGAGUGCACCCAAAGUCUCUUUCAAGUAAAGUUUUUUCACUCGACGGCGAUAUUUGCAACGCCUCCAGACAGCUAUUUCAGGCAUCCAAGACCAAGUCCCAUCUAAAUCAAUGGGGGGAUCCUGAAAUCUAAAAUACUGCUUGCAGAACUCAAAAUUAAAUUACACAUUUCAAAUCAGCAGAAAAAUCUGAAAUGAACUGCCCCAUAAAUGUAGUUCCUUAUGCUCAAAUAUCAUUAUAAAACUUUUUUAAAUUAUUAUUAUUAUUUUUUAUCUAGACCAGUCAAUGUGCAUGUGCAGUCAUGAGCGCGAGUCUCUGGUUUCUGUGGGAGCUUCUAACAGCUGCUGCAGUGAUGCAAUGACUUUACUAAUCAGCGACUGGCUCUUUCAUUUAGAAGGUGGGACAUAUUCCACCAUAUUGCGCGUUGCAGUUUCUCCCAUUCAUAAGUAAUAGGAGUAACCCAUUUUUGUAAAUCUAUAGUCUUUGGUGCACCUUUAAUGCUUUGCAUUGACAAGCCAUAUAACAACAGCGAGUCUCAUUCACUAACUGAAGUCAGUCGCAACUUCCGGUUCAUGUGGACUUAAAAGGCACACUUCAUUUGAUAAAUCCAUAACUUUGAGAGAACCUUGCCAGACCGUUAGCCAAACUUCUGACAAUGUCAUCUAUUAGCUGGGAAACUAGGAAAGGUUAUAUUCCAAAUCUCAGUUUUCAAAAUCUGUCCGUUUUAUAGCGAAAUACAAACAAUAUGUAGGCUAUAUUGCAAUAAUGUGUUUGUUAAGCGGCAUAUGAGUCAAUCAUCUUUCCGAUUACAAUAACGAACGACGAGACAUUUUCAUUAUAAAUUAGGCUAAACUUUUUUUUUUAUGCCUUAUGAUGUUCCUUCAAUUUAUAUCUUGCUAUAAACUUGAAAUAAAGAGCAAAAAAACAUUUAUAAUUUGUAUUUCAUUAUAAAACUGGCAGAAUUUGAAGGCUGAACUGUGUGUAAAAGCAACAAAGCACAAAAUUGUUGUGAUUACUGGUUGGCUGGUACACUACAAAUAAUGAAUGGAAGACAUUAAAUAGUAUGUCCUCAUUUACAGUAUACCAUGAAUAAAACAGUUUGUGAAUAGUCACUUAACGUUUACAGCAGAAAAGACAACAAUAUAACGCAUGUUAACAAAUUUGAGUCCACUUCAACCUUUAGAACGUUUUAUUGCUGUUUAAUUAAACAGGCUGUGAGGAAUGAAAGUUUGGGACGUUUUUGCGGAGUAGGUGGUGGAAUUUUCACAAUAAUUUAAUGAAUUUAUUCACAUAAAUACAGCGAUCUGUCACGCCACAUUAAAGAUCUUGAAAAUCACAUUAUUGUAAGACAAAUAAUUUGUGUUUCGUUAUAAAACUGAUUUUGAAAGCUGAGACUUUGUUUUAUAUUAAAAGCACUAAAAGCACAAAGCUUAAGCUAUUGCUAUUUUGUGGCUGGCGCACUACAAAUAAUAAAUGCAAUGGAAUACAUUAAAUAUUAUUUCCAAGCAUACUGUCCCCACGAGUAUGACACAUGGUAUGAUUUCUGCUAAUAAUCCCACAUUAGCUAUAUUUGUAGUGUAUUAAAAAAGGGUUAAAUAAGAGAGCUACAGCGCCCCCCAAAGGAAUGUCGAUUGAGUGUGUGAGUUUAUGUUAAGAUAAACAGUUGUUCCUGUUCAGUCUGUUAAUAAAUAUCAUAUUCUUGAUAUUAAGCUGUUCCCGCGAGUCCUUAAAAUUGACAUCCCAGUAAGAUGAUGCGGUCGCUUGGACGCAACAAUAUUCAAAUCAAUUCCGGAGGUCUGGCAACUUCUCCCGGUGCUCUCAACGCGGGCAAUUUGCAUGCGUGAUAUAGGCUAUAUACUCUCAAAAUAUUAUAACUUUAAUUUCUACGAUUUAAAUGAUCGAAACAUUUCAACUUUAUUCUCGAAACAUUUUUAUUUUAUUCUCGUAAUAUUUCGACUUUAAUCUCGUAAUCUUAGAUUUAUUUAUUUUUUAACGAGGCACUAAAACGCCGUCGUACCUGUGCAUAUAAAUCAUAGUCUGUAAAAAAAACGGUUUCUGAAGACAAUUUUUGAAGCUCAAAGUGCGCAGAGAUGGCCGUCGCCAUCUUGGCUGUGCAUCACUCCCGGAUAAUGGAAAAUGGGCAAAAAGGUGGGACAUGGGUGGAGCUGGUUGCUGAAGCCACGCUCGCCUAGCGCGACGGUGGUGACUGCAGCGGCAAUCCACCUGUCACUCAAGUGGCCUCGUCCUUAAUUAUGCAGAACUUUAAGGCUUAAUAUAAUUUAAACGGAUGAGUUAUAAAAAAAUUCACCCCCCUCACAGUUGUCAUGAAGGGCAAAAUUAGCGACAUAGACCAAAACCACUUUUUGUACCAGGCUGUAAACAUUUUUUUUUCUGCUGUAAUGUUGGGCAUUUUAAUAUGAGGAGUCUAUGGGACUGACUCCCUUUUGGAGCCAGUCUCUAGCGGCCAGUCGAUGAAUUGCAGUUUAAGUCACGUCUGUGUUGGUUUCAAGAGAGAGACCGGAAGGUUGCCGCUUGAUAUAAAUCUAGUUUGAGCGACGAAUGGAUCUCAAACGUAGUUCAGGCAGACCACGGCAUGACUGCAGCAUCAGCUGACACUCAGCUGAUCGUAACUCUCCCACUACAAUUAAUAAGAUCAUCCGUUCUCACACUUGCCAUAGUCUGUCGCACAGACAUGUGCUUACCCUCCUCCAUCCCCAACUCCUCCUUAUGCAGAUACAUGAUCACUUAACUGCUCGCCCAUGGAGAUAUAUCAUCUAUCCAGCUGAUGUUGCUCAAAUUGUCCAAUAUUAUCAACAGUACUGUGUUACUCUACUUGGUAUAUAUAAUUGUGCAUAUUAAAAUAUCUGGCAAUUGUUAAGGCUUCAGGAGUGUUCAAACCUCAGUGAGGUUUGCCUGUGGAUAGCUCAGAAUCUGAGCCCUUCAGAGCGAAGCCUGCCGCCAAAUAUAAAUUUCAGGACCUCUACAAUAUUCUGACUCAAACAGAGUGGUCCUGACUGAAAUAGGAAUAAUCCAUUUAAUUUUUAAUGUGCGUUUAUUAGAACGAGACUCAGUGACGAACUUAUAAAGCUCAAGCUGCCUUUUCCUACUCAUUAAACUGGCUCAGAUGCCUGCAGGAGCAGAACAACACUAGAGACUCCAUGAAUACUCAACUCCUCCAGGUCGCUCAGGUGGAGAGAUGCGUCCUGUUGCUCACUGAGUCCCCUGAGCAGAUGGAAUGGAAGGUAGACUUUCACCUCCUUCAUUACACCUCUCCUCUUUUUUCCCUUCUCUUUAUCACUACUCUCUCAUUAUUUCUUCCAGUUCCUCUUCAGUCUGCUGUUCCUUUUCACACUAUAGAAUGAGUUAUUCUGGCUCUUCUCUCUCCUUUGGGAUUCUGCUGUGUUUGCAAGCUGAAUGCUCAGGAGCAGAAGACGACUGAAUUCGAAAUGAUCGCAGUCUUACCAGUGAAUGGGAGAAAAUAAUGAACCACUGCCCUCUUUUUUCACACUGACCUAGUGCAUUGUCCUUCUGCAGACACACAGUCUCAUGGGCUCUCGUUUUUUUGCAUGCUGAAAAAUGAUCACUGCCCUUGUGUGAUAAUCAAAGCAUUUCUGGCUUCCAGAAUAACAAAUAUUAGACUGUUAUGUGUUAUUAGAUAGUCUCUAUGUUAAGCUUAUUAUGGAGACGAUCACCAACUUAAAGAAAAAACUGAUGGCAUGUAUUUAACAUUUUCAGUUUUAUUUAAGAUGUUGUUAAAAGUAACAAAAUUGACGAGAGAGUGUAAAGAAAUCCACCUUCCAAAGCAUGUCCUUACAAAAUUACACUUAGUAAAAAUGUAGAUUUUAGACCUUUUCGAAAUUUUAUUGUCACAGUGAAUGAGAGAAAUGACCAUAGGUCAUUCAAAACAGCAAGCCUCCGGGGUUUUAAAACAAAAGCAAAGGAACCAUUAUUCGCUCUGUCUUGUGUGUUGUUGGUGCCCCGAACCACUUGGUUUUUAUCAGCGGUUUGGACUCUCAUUCUGACGGCACCCAUUCGCUGCAGAGGUUCCGUUGGUGAACAAGUGAUGUUAUGCUACAUUUCUCCAAAUCUGUUCUGAUGAGCAAAUAAACUCAUAUACAUCUUGGAUGGUCUGAGGCUGAGUAAAUUUUCCUUUUUAGGUAAACUGUUCCUUUAACUAGAAAAACCAACAGUAACCGCUGAAACCGGUUGACCAGGGUAAAAGUCAGAAACCAGUACACCAGCAUCCAAAACAUGACGCUGGUGAUUUCCCUUUUAAAAUGAUGGAUUAUCCAGUCCAUCCCCGGUAACAGGUAGUGAUCUCCUAGAAUCAGAUCUGAGACAUCAUUUAGAAAAUGCAUGAAUGUAUUUAUAAGUAACAACAUUACUCAGUUUUCUCAAAAUCUAAACAUACUAAUAGUUAUUAUUAAAGAAAUAUAUACCAAAUAUAUGUGGCUUUUUCUGCAGAUCAUUUAUAUUUGGCCGGUGGACAUUUAAGUAUUUAUAAACCAAAGCAGGAUGAACUGCCUAUGCAUAUUGGUAUUG